AUCCGAUGCGCUCCAAACGUCAUCCGCAAACUCUCUCAAUUCAUCUCGGUCCUCGUGAUCCACCACUCUCACUCACAAAACACGACCAGCACGCUGGUCCUCUCCUCGCCACCAUUCUCUCUCUCCGCCGCACCAUGCUCCGCCGCCGACUCUCGGCCGGCGCCCUGCGCGCGCAAGCGCAGCUCCACACCCAAACUCCGCCCCCGGCGCCGCGCAACACUGCGGGCGUGACGGCCUCCGCCGCCGCCGCCAAAGCCACGAUCUCGCCGCGCGAGCAGAGCAAGUCCCUCGGCUCGGUCGUCCUCCUCAACACCCAGCGGCACUGGAAGGGCGAGACGGUCGUGACCCUCAAAGCUGAGCUGAAGAAGCGCGGCCUCAGCCAAACGGGCAACAAGGCGACGCUGAUUUCGCGCCUCGAAAGCGCCGACACGACGGGCCUCGCGCCCCCCGUGCCGCCCGUGUCGCGGGUGCUGCGCGCCGAGGCGAAGGCGCGCGCGCAGCGCUCGCGCGCAUACGCUACGCCGAGCGCGCCGGCGCGCGUCGCCGUGCCCGUCGCGCGCGACGACGUCGUCAAGCCCGUCAUCACGACGUCGGAUCUCCCCGUCAACGCGCCCGCCGCCGAAGUGCCCGUGAGCGAGCCGACGGCGGCGGAGAAGACGUCGGCGCCCGGCCUGCCCGUGCGCAAGCCGAUGGCGUCGGACGCGUUCACGAUCUACUUCCCCGACCCGAAGCCGGAGCGGGAGCCGCCGCAGGUGAUUCCCACGCUGCCGCACACGAUCACGUCGACGGCGACGAGACCGCUCCCCGACGACGUGGACGAGGACUUUGGCCUGCCCAAGGUCGUGACGGUUGCGUCGGCCGCGACGCACCCCGACGGCGGGCCCGUGCAUGGCACGACCAAGGUGUCUGACGACGGGAGUGCGGUCGCGUCGGACGGCAUGGUCGGCGACGACAUUACCGCGCAGGUGAUCAGCAAGGCGCAGGAGCAGAUCCAGGCGGCCAAGGAGGCGACGAGCGAGAUCCUCGAGCUGAGCGGCAUUCCUGUCGAGAACCCCAUCAAGCUGCCCGAAGAGGAGGGCGCGACGUACAAGGCCAACAGCAAGCCGCUGAGCGCGGAGGAGCGGAGCGGCGCGUGGAUCCUUGCGGGGCUUGUUGGCGGUGUUGUUUUGUUGGGCUCGCUGGGGGGAAAGGCCAAAGCCAAGGCCAAGGAGACCAAGGCGGACAAGUAGUGCGAAACCAUGUAGAUUAGUUGUGAAUAUGCCAUGAUAGAGCGUGUUGUGCGAGGGAUGGAUGACCCGUCUGCGAGAAGAGAUGCAUACCGUCUG